UAACAAGUUCUGUGACUAAGAAAAGCAGCAGAGGUAUUUUGGCACGCCAGUGACAGUAAUUUAGCUCACCUUUAUGAUUUGCUUUGAGGCAGGUUUUUCUCUCUUACUCUCUUGGCUUCCUUCUUCUUUUUUUUUAUUUUUAUUUUUUAUUUUUAACCGUGUUAAUCAUUCUGACUUCCAGCACUGUGGAAAAACUUUCUUCAUUUCAGAAUGUAAUGGAGACUGUUCACUUCACGGGCUUUCACACUGCAUGUUCCCAGAUCUGUUGUUAUUUAACCAUCUCUUACAAGAACCACCCCUGAAGUAGUGAACUCUUCCAGAAAAAUUACUUGCUUACUAGAAAAUGAUUCAUGCCAGUCCUGAACAAGGCAGUUUUCUUUCACUAACAUCUAUCUCCAGGCGUGAAUGCCCGUAGCAGGCAGGAAAAUGUGUCUGCAGAGUGUUUUAGCAGCGUGGGGAGCCCCAGGGUAGCUGUCACUGUUCCCUUUCUCUAAACAAUUUUAAUGCCAUUAGCAAGUGUGAUUAUGUACAAACCGCUUUCUAGGGGGUUUCUAGGCUGGAUAUCGGAGCAGGGCUUUGUACCGAGUCAAAGGGUGGAUUGAGUUUAUGACACAGUUUAAAUAGAAACAGAAGAGCAGUACUACAGUAGGGCAGCAUGUUGUAAUUCAUUGAGUAUCAUUUUGUGAUAGCCGUUCCGGGAAGUACUCGCUUCUAACCAGUUUGUUCGAUUAGAGAAUAUCUUUCCGGGGUAACCCAUGAGUAAAUAGCUGAACACAGAGAGUGUUAACCCUGUUUCUUGCAGCAUUUUGGUUUUGUUUUAAAGAAAAAGCAAAAGAGAAAGGAAAAGGAAAGAAGAGUCUUAACUGACCGGCAUUCAGAAUGGCAGGCUUGUCCACUUUAAUCCUCCUUUUGUGUGCUGCUAAAGAUGUGAUGCCCUCCAGUUCUCACUGGAAGCCAACUUGGCCGUCUUACAGAGUUCCAGUUAUCCUGCCACAGUCUACUCUUAACUUGGACAAACCACAGUUUGAUGCUGAAGCCAGACUGGAAGUGGUAUCGCCCUGUGGCCCAGCAUGCCACAAAAGUUCUCCGCUGCCAACUUACGAAGAAGUGAAGAACUACCUGUCCUAUGAAACCUUGUACGCUAAUGGUAGCCUCACUGAAACUGAGGUGGGCAUAUAUAUUCUGAGCAACAGCGGCGAUGGGUCUCAAGGCAGAUCUCGAACUAAGAGGCAGAUCUAUGGCUAUGACAGCAGGUUUAGCAUUUUUGGGAAAGACUUCUUGUUGAAUUACCCAUUCUCCACAUCGGUGAAGCUGUCUACAGGUUGCACGGGGACGCUGGUGGCUGAAAAGCACGUUCUUACUGCCGCUCAUUGUAUCCAUGAUGGCAAGAGUUAUGUCAAAGGAGCUCAGAAACUGCGGGUGGGGUUCCUAAAGCCCAAACUGAAAGAUGGCAGCAAAGGGGCCAAUAUCACCAACUCGGCAAUGCCUGAGAAAAUGAAAUUCCAGUGGAUCCGAGUGAAACGGACACAUGUCCCCAAAGGAUGGAUCAAAGGCAAUGCCAAUGACAUUGGCAUGGAUUAUGACUAUGCCCUGCUGGAGCUGAAGAAGCCUCAUAAAAGAAAGUUUAUGAAAAUAGGUGUGAGCCCACCAGCAAGAAACUUGCCUGGAGGGAGGAUUCACUUCUCUGGCUAUGACAAUGAUCGUCCGGGAAACCUGGUUUACCGUUUCUGUGAUGUCAAAGAUGAAACAUAUGACCUAUUGUACCAGCAGUGUGAUGCCCAGCCAGGUGCAAGUGGAUCUGGGGUGUACGUGAGGAUGUGGAAGAGGCAGAAUCACAAAUGGGAGCGUAAAAUUAUUGGAAUAUUUUCGGGCCAUCAGUGGGUGGACAUGAAUGGCACCCCACAGGAUUUCAAUGUAGCUGUUCGCAUCACACCACUCAAAUACGCACAGAUCUGUUACUGGAUCAAAGGCAACUACCUUGACUGCAGGGAAGGAUAAAGACAAUGAAACUCCUUGAAAGCACUUAAUAACUGGUUUUAAUUACUCAUCUGAGGAAAGGCUAGACUUCUGCUGCAAAUGUGUGUGAUACGAUCUUGUAACAUUGCGAUGUGAUACAAAGCUUUUCAAGCAAUCCACCUCGUUCUUGGGACAGGGGCUGUGUGGUGCUGUCGUUGCAGCUCGAAACUGGGGAGAAAGGAACAUCAGCUGGGUGGGGAAGGAGCAGGUGGACUUGCUGAAUUUGCAGCUGAGCAACUGAAGAUUAAUUAGGGGCGGAUCAGUAAACAGUAUGAAAUCAGAACCGUCUCCAAAGAAUCUUAUAAAAGGGACGCUGUUGACUAUCUCAUGCCUACAAUGUUUGUUUUAAUAAAUCCUAGGAUUAGUAGAAAUGCUUUGAUCUGAACUUUUAAAAGAAAAUAUUUCUAUGCUGUUGGGGGCUGAAGAGGGUCAUUUAAUGGUGUUUGCAACCCAAACAUUACAGCUUUGUGUUCCUGCAUGAGAACGGGAGUGUGAAAAGGGCAAGGCAUGUGCUGUGGGAGAUGAAUGCCACACAAAUAGCGUGCAUAACACUUCUUUCGGCCUGAGUGAUUUGAGACUUUAUUAGUAACAUAGUUAAGAAAAAUGCUUUUUGAGCAAACAGACCUUGACCAUGCAGUUGCAAGGACUUGACCAUGAAGAUGAUGUUGGUCGUAUGAGCAGUGCCAUUGCACCCUGCUUUGGGAAACAAAUCAUACACGGGAUUAAAUCUUUAUAGCAGCUGGGGUAUAGCCUUACACCUAGCAGGACACCUAUGAGUAUACUGUUACAGAAAGCGUAUGGGGACAGAGGCUUGUUUCCCGUUAUGAGCUACUUAGAUCUUUAUAAGGAAAAUCUUGUGUCAGCAACUCACAUUUUCGGAGGGGAAGCCUGUCUUUGGUCUUGCUGGCCAUCUGAAUUGCUGCCUGCAAAGCAGGUAGAGGGGAGAGCAGGACAAGGGUUCUACUGACUUUUUCCCCUUUCUGUUGAAGACCCAUGCUGUUCUACCUAAAAAUACACCAGGCAGAGGGACCCUAGUUUAUAAAUGUCUCUCUAUUGUACCCCUGUGACAGCGUAAUUUGUACGGCAUCUUGACUUAUGUUUCUUGUGAUGUUUGGAGUAGGAAUCCUCCUCCCCAUCAAACUGUUGAGUUACAAAUAAUUCUUGGCAAAUGCACAGUUAGUAAUUCUACAGCUGAAAUAGAGCCACAUUGUAGGGUGCAAUCUGAGUUUGCUAUGGAGUGAUGUUCUGUUGUCUCUUAUAGAUAAGUGACUUAUAUUUUUCCUAUAGCAGAAUUGGAGUUUAAACCAAGAACUGUCUUUUGUAGGUAAAUUCAGUCCAGCCAAAUACUUGUAGCUCAGCAGAUGGCAUUGGGAAGUCAAUCUGUACAGUGUUUCUCAGAUGGGUUGUGCCACUGUAUUGAAGUAACACGGUUAAGUACAUGCUGCCAUGCCAAUAUUAUUUUUUUAAAUAGGAGGAUAGACACUGGCUCCAGUUCCGGUUUCUCUUCCAUCCAUCUGUCACUGUCCCCUGAAGCUUAUGAAGUUGCCCAUGGCCCUUGGUGUUGUGGGGCAAAUGCACGUCCCUGGUGUGAAAUGGCAGAUCUGGGAAGGAAUGAAUUUAAACAGAGCUUCCCUGUGCUAUACAAAUACAAGGAAAAUGUUAAUUCAGAUAAGCCUUUCUUACAGCCUACUAAUUACUGUGGCAUUUGUAAACAUAUGCCUGAUGGUGCUUUAUCUUUGUGAUGGAUUUGGCUCUAGUUCUGAAAAACAUUUUUUGCUAGAGCUGCCUGUGAUUAUUAUUUUUAUAGGUGCAGCAUACUAAAACAGGGACCCUCAUGGGCUUUUGGUGCACUCAGAUACAAGCAGUUACUAAUGCUUUGAAAUAUGAAUAAUCACCAUAUGUAUCUGAUGGUCUUUUUCUGCCUUCUUAUUUUAAUUUCCUUUACUCUAUGGCUGUUAUCUGGAGCACUUUUGUUUGAAUGUAUCACAGUGAAUAAAGAAAAGUUAUGGAAUUACA